AUGUCCGUGGGACAAGUCCACCACCUCUGCCGCGGCCGCGGCGGGCCAGCUCGGCGUGCUCAAGUGGGCACUGGCCAACGGGUGUCUCCUCGCCGAGCCCAUCUGCAACGAGACCGCAGCGGCCGGCCAACUGGCGGUGCUCCAGCACCGCACCUGCGCGCCAUCGGUUGCCCGUGGAGCAAGUGGACCUGCGCCAAGGCCGCCCAGGGUGGCCACCUCGAGCUUCUGCAGUGGGCGCGGGCCAACGGGUGUCCGUGGGACCAGAUGACGUGCGCGCUGGCGGCUGAGGGCGGUCACAUGGAAGUUCUGCAGUGGGCGCGCGACAACGGGUGCCAGUGGGACCGGGGCACCUGCCUGCGUGCGGCCGGCGGCGGCCAGCUAGAGGUGCUCCAGUGGGCGCGGGCCGGCGGUUGUGCGUGGGACGAAUGGGCGCCAGCGCUGGCGGCCGGCGGCGGCCACCUUGAGGUCCUACAGUGGCUCCACGCCAAUGGCUGCCCUUGGGACGCCAAAACCUGUGCAUCGGCGGCCGAGGGGGGCCACCUGGACAUACUUCAGUGGGCGCGGGCCAACGGGUGUCUGUGGGACGAGAAGACGUGCGCCAGUGCGGCCGAUCAGGGCCAGCUGGAGGUGCUCCGGCACCUGGAGGUGGUGAAGUGGGCUCGCGCCAACGGCUGUCCAUGGCGCGCCGACACCAUUCGGCUGACCAGGCGGCGCCAAAGGGUGCUGGCCUGGGCCGCUGAGAACGGGCUUGCUCUGGAUGCGUGA